CAGCAGCCCAACAGAACAAGAAAUCGACCAGUAUAACUGUCAUCAUUUGGAAAGCAUCAUUGAAAAAUUCAACAAGGUGGAAGAUAAUGAUAUAUUCUUCGACAAGGUCAUCAAAGAGAUAGACGAGGCGCCAACAACAGAUAAAGUAGUGAAGAGAGUUUACUCCCAAAUUCUCGAGUCUAUGCGAUACUAUAACUACUUAUAUGAAACUGAGAACGGAAGCAGUGAGGCCGACUUUAUAAUAAAGAUUUAUGGCCCCAUAAUGGAGAACGUUUUCCGCGGGAGUGGUUGCCGAUUGAUCUGGGGAGAUACCAAGAGUCCUUCUUGUUUAAAGCGAUCAAACGAGUCAAAACUCGAUCUGAGAGUAAUAUCACUAUACACAAAAACUGAAGAUCUUGCUCUGUCCGAGUUUGCAAAGAAAGCGGCACCAUGGAAAUAUUGUUAUGACAAGAAGAAGGCAGUAAUUGUAAGCUUGAUACACCUGAAGGAGCAUAUCAAAAAUGGCAACCUGAACCUGGAGGAGGCAAAAAGUUUUAAGGUCCCAUUUGUCUUAUUUGAAGGAUUGGAAUCGGAUAUCUAUACAAUCAGACUCGCGAAUAUAAUUUUUCUAAUAACAAAACUGCUCUAAAAACAAAACCAGCGGAAAGAGCAUUAAAUUUGGGCUAUGGUUAUAUAGAAGCACUUUUCAUUAAAUCUACAGGAAGGGUAUUCAAAAGGUUGAUUUGUUAAAUUUGUGAUUUUCCUCGAGGUAUACCCUUUGUGUUUUGGCCAAUUUUAGGUGUUUUCAAAAAAA